ACCCCUGUGUGUCCUCUUGCCAGGGCGCGCUGUGCAAUGUCCGGGCGAAGCCCUGCAAUGACAACCCGUGCGAGGGCCGCGGCGAGUGCCACGAGAAGGGUGACUCGUUCCACUGCCGCUGCCACGCCUGGUGGGAGGGCCCCAAGUGCGAGCGGCGCAUGUCGGUGCCGUUCAAGCCCCUGUCGGAGCGCAUGCUGCAGGAGCCCUUCUGGCUCGGUCUCAUCACCGUCACCGCCGUGCUCGGCGUCAUCGGCCUCUUCUGGUGCGCCAAGAGGCACUUCCCGGAGAAGCUGGAGAAGCUGCUGGCCGAGGAGGCGGACCGCAACCGGUCAGGUGGCAUCUACCCGUCGCGGGGCUCCUCGCUCCGCGACCAACUGACGGCGGGCGCGGGCGCGUCGCACUCCCUGGCCGCGUCCAUGGCGGGCGGCUCGUCCGGGACGCCCUCGCCCCGCAAGAAGCGCAACAACUCGACGCCCACGCGGCAGCGCUCGGCCGUGGACGCGGCCGAGAAGAAGCAGAUCCUGCAGCAGCUCGUGUCGGGCAGCAGCAUGGACGGCGAGCCGCUCCUGCUGGACUCGCUCGGCGACGCCCAUCACCACCACAACAACAACAAUAACAAGAUGUCAUCGUCGAGGACCUCGUCCAGGAAGGCGUCGAGGGAGGAGGACGCCGGCACGUGCGAGACGUCCUUCAGCAUCGGCAUGUCGUCACAUGGGUCGGAGCCUCCGCACAAGCUGGAGAAAAAGGUGACGUUCGCGCGCCUGCUGAACAAGGUGUCGGCGGAGAUGAGCUCUGGGUCGGAGCGGGGGGAGGCGCCAUGGGAGGCGGCUGCGGCCGCCCAGCCCGGCGGUCCCGGGGCCGGCGGGCACGGCGCACAGAACAGCCCGCCGCACUCCACCUCGUCCAACCCGGGCACGGGCACGGGCAGCGACUCUCUGUCUUCCCUCGACGCGAGUGCAGGCGGGGAUGUGGUGGUGAACCGGCGGCCCACGCGGCUGCACAACCUGCUGCGCUACUGCGACCAGGACGCCGAGGACGGCGCGGCCACCUCGGACGACUCGUCGCACCUGACGCCCGCCACCUCCUCCAGCGGCGCGCCCGACUCGCCGCCCCUGCCCCGCUCCGCCACCACCACGCCAACGCCCGGAUCCACGCCCGGCUCUUCCACCAUAGAGGUGACGGUGUUGGACCCGCUGUCGGCGUGCCAGCAGCGCUCGUGCGGCGCCGUCAUCUUGCUGGAGGUGCCGAGCUCCGGCAGCCGCAACCUGUCGCCCAUCCGAGAGGUGCCCACGCCGCGCCCCACGCCCCUGCCCACGCCCCUGCCCACGCCUAUCCCGUCCCCCAUCAUGCCCCGCAGCCCCGUCGGCAUGGGCCUCCUCGCCCCGGGGCUCACCCCCAACCCCUGCAAGGAUGCCACCCCCAGCCCCGCCACGAGCCCCAUGCUGCUGUCCACCGAGAGCUCGUCGGCCGUGACGACCACGUCGCCCUGCCCGUCGCCGACGCCCAGCCCGUCGCCCUGCAGCCUCAGCCCCUGCGUCGCCCCGUCGCCCAACACCCUGGUCAUACCGGAGCUGCGCGUCGAGCAGCCGUCGCCCACUCGGUCGCCGCCGUCGUGGAGUUUCCAUCCCGGCUCACCGCCGCCGCAGCGUUCCCUCGGCGGCAGGCCUCAGGACGUGGACAGCCACAUGCUGCCCUUCAUCACCGUCACCUGCAGCACCUCCGAGGCCGACUCGGACGUGGACGUGGGCCACCAGAGCUCGUCGGACGCCGGCAUCCCGGGCAUGUGCUACCUCUCGCCCUUCUCCAUGUGCUCACGGGCGGACCGCAUCGCAUCGGAGUCCAACCUGUCGUCCUCCGGCUAUUCGUCCAUGGCCUCUCCGGGGCCGUCGCGUUGCGGCUCCAGCAACCCGCUCUCCAUGUCGGCUUCGGAGGUCGAGGUGUUCCAGGCCGAGCCCGAGGAGGGCUGCCCUGGCUCCGGCGCCGUGCUCCCCGGCCUGCCCCGCGCCGGCCUCGGCCUGGGACAGCGCCUCCUGCGGUCGCCGGGCUCGCCGGGGGUGGCGCAGCCUCCGCCAACCAGGAGGGCGUCCGAGGGCACCGCCGUGGACGCAAUCUUCUACCCGACGCUGCGCCGGCCCAUGCGCGGUCGUUCGGACUCGGAGACGCUGUCGGACGACGCCUUGAUGGAGUCGCAGGACGAAGGGUUCGCCACGGACACGCGCCAGAGCCUCGGGACUCUACAGCCGGAGGCCGGCGUGGAGGCGCCACCGGUGGCACCCCCGCGGCGCGUGCGACACUGCGGCAGCCUGGACAUGGGCAUGGUGCCCGUCAUGCUGCACACGGCCGCCGAGGCCUCGGGGAUGCCGCCGGGCAUGACGCGCCUGCUCCUGCCCGCCAUCUCCGUCGCCGACCCGGCCGAGGUGGAGACGCUCCUGGGCCCGACGUGCGCGUCACCGACCGCGCCCUCCGACACCACAGUCCUCGGCCCCGCCACCGAGCUGGAGGACGUGUCCAUCGACAUAUCAUGUGGCGACCUGGACGUCCCCAUGACGUCCCUGCUCGCGCUGCCCAGCAUCGUUGUGGAGGGCGACGCGGGCCGCUCCCUCAGCCCCGUCAGCUCCCGCAGCGAGUCGCCGCUGUCUGACCUGCCCGCCGGCUGCGAACGCUUCUCCCCCGCCUUCUACGGACGCCAGCUGCCCUUCACCGACUCGGACGGGCUCUACGACGCGCCCAGCUCGGCGGGAUCCGCUACCGUCACUACUACACGCAAGAGCUCCUCGGGUCGGCGCCGGGAGCGGCGCUCCCCGACGGUGCGCUCGGCGGCCCGCAGCCCGGCGCGCAGCCCGCCGCCGCCCAAGCUGCUGCUGGACGUCCCGGAGGGCCACGGCUACGGCCGCGAGCCCCGCGACCGCGACCGGCACAGCUCGCCCAGGAAGCCGUCGCCCAAGCGGCGCGCGCGCAACGCCAAGUCCUCGCAGCCGCAGCGGGUCACCUCGUCCUCGUCGGACGAGAGUCUCAACUCCAUCCGAGAGGUGUCCCAAAGGCCCACCUCGCCUGCCGCCCCCGAACGUCUCUCGUGGUCGAGGACACCAGAGCCGUGCAGUCAUCCUUCGACGGAGGCGUCUGGCGAGGAGACCGGAGAGGACGCCAAGGCGCACUGCCUGCGCGGAAAGCCGGCCUGGGAGGACCCCAUCACCAGCCCGCUGAGCUCCAAGCCGAACCGGAAGAUUAGUCGGCUUAAAACAAUCGGUCACCAGAUUAGGUUCCUCCGUAGGCUGGAGCAGAGCCUCUCGAAGCGGCGGCAACGCCUCACGGGCUCCACCAGCCCCUGCGACAGCCAGGACUCGGGCGAGGAGGGCGGCGUGACGGCGCCGCUGCUGCCGCCCGCCGCCUCGCUGCCCGUCAUCACCGCCGCAGCCGGCCCGGGCGCCACCACCCCUACCUCCAGCGGCCCGCGCGCGCGCCACCACCGCCUGCGCAAGCAGGUGGGCGAGCCGCUGCUCGCGCCCAGGGACCGCAUGACCAGGAGCGUCACCAUCGUGCCCACGGCGGGCGCCAACGCGGCCGAGAGCGCCGAGCACCAGGCCUGCCGCACCAAGCCCAGGCACACCGACUAGAGGCUGGCCCUAGCAAUAAUUUCGACCGGCUUUGUCGGUUGCGGUGGUUCACUGUGAUGUAUUAUCGUUUUUUGCUGUCGCUUCGGUUCAUUUUAUGUAGCGCACAAUUAAAUAUGGGGAGUGACGAUGCAAGAAAUAUGUGUGUGGGGGCUGUGUGAACUGACAAUGAACAGGAUGUGGGGGGGUUUGUUCACAUAUCCAACAAGUUUAUGGUUAGUGAGUUAUAUCAAGGAACUGGAUCUGCAGUUUCUUAACAAAAUAGAAACUGCUCAAAUAAAAAUUCAGUUGAAGCAGUUAACCAUUGUGACAGCUGAUCAUGUGAUUCUAUUGAAGUGCAGAACCUAAUUUAUAUGCACUUACUGAAUUUUGCACUUCUCAAUGGUCCUUUUCUCAUAUGUUAUUUUUUCUCAGUUUACAGAAAGGGACACACAUGUAAUUUGUAAUUGCCUAUCUAUUUAACUGUGUAGUUCAUCGAUCUUCUUAUAUUGAAUGACUAUUUCAUGAGUACCAAGUCUACCGUGUGACAUAUGCUUUUACAUAUUUUCUUAUCAUGUUUAUGUAGUCUUUAGUAUAAUUUAAGAUUGGGUUGUGAUAGUUACAAGUUGAACUGUAAAAUUAUUUUGCCAUAGCUGUUUGAGGAUGAGUGGACUUUCAUGGGGAAUGAUGUUUCAUAUAAGUGUCUUACAAUCACAUAAUGGAGAACAUUUUUAACUUUCUCUCAAGAAUGUAUUUGUCAACAAACAGGAGAGCUGGCUUCUUUCCCUCUCUGAAGCCCAAUAUAAAGCUCAAUUACGGUCUUGUAUUUGCUCAUGACUUCCAUCUUGUUGAGAGGUAUGAUUCAAAGGUGUGUCUAUUUAAUUGUUUUGAAUAUUUUUACAUUGUUAUGUACAGAUUACAGUAACAACUUAGAUAUUGCAGUCUUGUAAAUUGUAAGCUAUUGUUUUGCUGUUUUUGUAUCUUGGUGUUAUAUGGGAACUAUCAGCUGUAGAUAAAACUUUCAUUUCUGUUUUAGUAUUGUGAGUUUUCUGUAAAUAAUUAUUCUUUCAUAACGCUCUUCAUAAGCACAUUUUGGUGAUAAAAUGAGGAUUUUUGUGUUGAGAUUUUUCUGCGUUCUUCUGUGCAGUAUGCGCAACCCUCCUUAUGCCAGUGUCUUGUUGUCAAUCUGUAGUUGAGGAAUUGUUUGAGUCCAACCUCAAAGUAAAGGAACAGCUGUGCAUCUUUAGUUAAAACUAUUAUCAAGACAUAAUGGUACAAAAAGUCAUUUAGAUGCUGUGAUUCUUGUCUGUAUGCAAUUGACCUUAUUUAUUUUAAAAAAUUAACUCUUCUUGCUUACUUAAUAAGACUUCCAAGACUUAAAAACGAACAACCUAUUCCAUAAUCUAUUGGCAGGCUGCCAGAAAAUCAUUAAUCCGACAAGAUUAAGUUGUAUAUGAUGUAAAAGAUAUUUUCACGGGCUCAUGGGGAUAUCAUGGGGAUAUCUUUAUUGAUGAUACAUUAUGGACAACCAGGCCUGUAUGUACCCCUCUCCCUCUUUUUGGUGAAGCACUAUCUCGCGUUUUCAUUUUUAUUUAAUUUUUCACAAUUUGCACUUGACUUAAUAUGUUCACCUUCAGGAUCGUUCAGAAAGUCUGUCUUUCUCAGAUUCAGUCGGCCAAAUUAACGACGCUCGGCGCCUGCCAGACUGGGGGUACGCCAGCCCGCAGUGCACGCAUACUGCAGGCAGGAUGUUGCCUACCCAUCAGGCGCUAUGAGGGCUUGCGUAGGCUGCACCUGGCAGUUUCGUAACGGUGAAUGACGGACGUAUUUUCUGGAUGAUUCCUUCUUGCUACUAGGAGGAGAGAAAAUGCACCUCAUGCAAGUAAGCUAGGCAAUUAAAACUAUUGGAAGUAAGUUUAAAAUUUGUUGGAUUUUUUUUUUUCAUUACAUAGAAGUUUAUUAAAUAACCUGCCUUCAGACAUUAUUAUAAAAAAUACUCAUUAAUGCCUAUGCAAGUUAAUUUUAUACAGGAAGUUGACAAAAAGAAAACAGGAGGCCUAAUUCUUUUAAUUAACAUAAAUGUUCUACUUAAAUUGAUGAAGAGUAUUUGUAAAUUGAAUAAUUUUAAACACAUUGUAAAUUAUGUGAACUUGCAUCAUAAAUGUUAAAAUGCACAGGUGAUUUCUAUUAUGAGGGUAAUGCAUGGAAGACAUUUGUGAGAUGAGUUUUGGAAAGGGUGCUCUCUUCAGAUUAUAUACUCUGGACUGUGAUACUAAUAAAGCACAACUCAAGUAAAAUGUAGAAGGAGAUCACUCCUGUAACACUUUAUGAAGGCGUACAGUUGCACUCUUGAACCCACUUGUUGCCUUCUCUAAAUAAUAUUAUAAAAUUGAAGCAAUAAUUGUUCCACAGCAAGUAAUAUUGAUGUUAUUUAGGCUCUGUUUCAUUUUCUGUACUGGGAGACUUUUUAAAGGUGGAGUCGUCUACUGGUUUUAAUUAUAUUGCUGCAAUAAUAGAAAGACAUGAAUAGGAAAUAAUGUUUGUAAUUGUUAGAGAUGUAAGUUAGAUCAUCUUUUAACUAUUUAAUUGUGAUCUUUAAAAUUCCUGGUGAUUGUUGGAAGAAGAAACAUAGACAUCAAGUUGUUUGAUCAGUACGGAGUUUUCUAUCGAUUUUUCAUCAUACUUGAGUUUCAAAAUAAUGUGUCCUUAAUAUGCAUGCCUUUGCAAAGGCAAAAGAUUUUUUUUUUUUAAGUAGCCAGUUCUCUCCAUUUAGAUCAAACAAAUUUAGGAUUUCUACAGAUUCUUUUUCCUACAAGUACUGUGUGGAACUGACAGGGAACUAAUGAAUUGUUUUAUCUGGUUAUGGAGAGCAAUACAAAGAGAAAAGGGGUUUUACCUAUUGUGCCUCAGAGGCCAAAACUAAGAUUCAAUUCCAGAAUGGUUACCAAGUUCAAUUUUAGGGACUUAGGUAAUUCACCUUUAAGGAUAUGUUUUGUAAUUGUUGGUCAUCUAAUCUUACAGUGUCCAGUGUCCGACAUACUUAUGCAUCUGAGGCUACCUCUUUAAGAUUGGUCGAACGAACGAACGAUUGAACGGUGGGACAAGUGUAAAUGAGCCUAUUAAAGCUUUCAAAUUUACUGCAAUCUAUGAAAUGACAUAUUUUAAAGAAGGGCAAAUUAUUAACGGGAUUUAAUAUCUACCCCCCCCCCUCAAUAUUGACACUAAAUGAGUUGGGAAAACAGUCUCUGAAUUCACGCGUCUAAACACCGAGAGAAUGUCUCUGCACAGUGCACACAAGUGUCAGAAUUUGUAGUCGAAAGCAAUUCCGUCACUUCCUCCAUCCUCAAAAUGUCACUUAACAUAAAUUGCAGCGAAUGUUACAGCUUUCAUAACUUAAUUUACCCGCGUCCGGCCGUUUGAUCGUCCGUUCGUUCGAUCGACCGCUCUUAAACCUCUCUGUCUAGACAAGCACCGGUUGAAUACUGGUUACUGUGUCUACCAUGUCAUUUUAUACUACCGCUGUGUUGAGAGACAAAAUAUUACAAUAUAAUUCUUUAAGUGUCCAAGUUAAGAAAAAUGUAUUAAGAAGAAGGGAGCAAAAAAGUGUGAAGUAUGUGUAUGCCAAACGUUGCACAAGGCAUCUACAAAAACUAAUUGAACACACUCUUAUUCACUGUUGAGACUUGAUUAACCAUAGAAGAUUACAAAACAAUUCUUGCUGGUGUGUGAAAUGAAUAUUCCAUAAUGAUGGGUCUAGUGUGAGACCACUGACUGCGUCUUUUCAUUAACUUGCACCAAACCUUUGUGAGGAGCCUAAAUAUUUCUUUUGUUGCGUUUUUCUCACUUUUUAAGUAAAGUUGUUGAGGGAACAAAAUAAAAAGAUAAUUUUAAAAAAAUUA